AUGCCCCAUUCUCCCGCUUUCCAUCCCCUCGCCCCAUUCCCGCUUUCCAUCACCCCGCCCCAUUCUCCUGCUUUCCAUCACCACGCCCUAUUCACCCGCUUUCCAUCACCUCGCCCCAUUCUCCCGCUUUCCAUCACCCGGUCCCAUUCUCCCUCUUUCCAUAACCUCCCCCCAUUCUCCCGCUUUCCAUCACCCCGCCCCAUUCUCCCUCUUUCCAUCACCCCGCCCCAUUCUCCCUCUUUCCAUCACCCCGCCCCAUUCUCCCACUUUCCAUCACCCCGCCCCAUUCUCCCUCUUUCCAUAACCCCGCCCCAUUCUCCCGCUUUCCAUCACCCCGCCCCAUUCUCCCUCUUUCCAUCACCCCGCCCCGUUCUCCCGCUUUCGAUCACCCCGCCCCAUUCUCCCGCUUUCCAUCGCCCCGCCCCAUUCUCCCGCUUUCCAUCACCUCGCCCCAUUCUCCCUCUUUCCAUCACCCCGCCCCAUUCUCCCGCAUUCCAUCACCCCGCCCCAUUCUACCGCUUUCCAUCAUCCCGCUCCAUUGUCCCGCUUUCCAUCACCCCGCCCAAUUUCCCUCUUUCCAUCACCCCUCCCCAUUCUCCCUUUUUCCAUAACCCUGCCCCAUUCUCCCGCUUUCCAUCACCCCGCCCCAUUCUCCCGCUUUCCAUCACCCCGCCCCAUUCUCCCUCUUUCCAUCACCCCGCCCCAUUCUCCCUCUUUCCUUCAUCCCGCCCCAUUCUCCCGCUUUCCAUCACCCCGCCCCAUUUUCCCUCUUUCCAUAUCCCCGCCCCAUUUACCCGCUUUCCAUCACCCCGCCCCAUUCUCCCUCUUUCCAUCACCCCGCCCCGUUCUCCCGCUUUCCAUCACUCCGCCCCAUUCUCCCGCUUUCCAUCACCCCGCCCCAUUCUCCUGCUUUCCAUCACCCCGCCCCAUUCUCCCUCUUUCCAUCACCCCGCCCCAUUCUCCCGCUUUCCAUCACCCCGCCCCAUUCUCCCGCUUUCCAUCACCCCGCCCCAUUCUCCCGCUUUCCAUCACCCCGUCCCAUUAUCCCUCUUUCCAUCACCCCGCCCCAUUCUCCCGCUUUCCAUCACCCUGUCCCAUUAUCCCUCUUUCCAUCACCCCGCCCCAUUCUCCCGCUUUCCAUCACCCCGGCCCAUUCUUCCUCUUUCCAUCUCCCCGCCCCAUUCUCCCUCUUUCCAUCACCCCGCCCCAUUUUCCCUCUUUUCAUCACCCCGCCCCAUUCUCCCUCUUUCCAUCACCCCGCCCCGUUCUCCCUCUUUCCAUCACCCCGCCCCAUUCUCCCUCUUUCCAUCACCCUGCCCCAUUCUCCCGAUUUCCGUCACCCCGCCCCAUUCUCCCUCUUUCCAUCACCCCGCCCCAUUCUCCCUCUUUCCAUCACCCCGACCCAUUCUCCCGCUUUCCAUCACCCCGCCCCAUUCUCCCUCUUUCCAUCACCCCGCCCCAUUCUCCCGCUUUCCAUCACCCCGCCCCAUUCUCCCGCUUUCCAUCACCCCGCCCCAUUCUACCGCUUUCCAUCACCCCGUCUCAUUAUCCCUCUUUCCAUCACCCCGCCCCAUUCUCCCGCUUUCCAUCACCCCGCCCCAUUCUUUCUCUUUCCAUCUCCCCGCCCCAUUCUCCCUCUUUCCAUCACCCCGCCCCAUUCUCCCUCUUUCCAUCACCCCGCCCCAUUCUGCCAAUUUCCUCACCCCGCCCCAUUCUCCCUCUUUCCAUCACCCCGCCCCAUUCUCCCGAUUUCCGUCACCCCGCCCCAUUCUCCCUCUUUCCAUCACCCCGCCCCAUUCUUCCUCUUUCCCUCUCCCCGCCCCAUUCUCCCUCUUUCCAUCACCCCGCCCCAUUCGCCCGCUUUCCAUCACCCCGCCCCAUUCUUCCUCUUUCCAUCUCCCCGCCCCAUUCUCCCUCUUUCCAUCACCCCGCCCCAUUCUCCCUCUUUCCAUCACCUCGCCCCAUUCUCCCUCUUUCCAUCACCCCGCCCCAUUCUCCCGAUUUCAGUCACCCCGCCCCAUUCUCCCUCUUUCCAUCACCCCGCCCCAUUCUCCCGAUUUCCGUCACCCCGCUCCAUUCUCCCUCUUUCCAUCACCCCGCCCCAUUCUUCCUCUUUCCAUCUCCCCGCCCCAUUCUCCCUCUUUCCAUCACCCCGCCCCAUUCGCCCGCUUUCCAUCACCCCGCCCCAUUCUUCCUCUUUCCAUCUCCCCGCCCCAUUCUCCCUCUUUCCAUCACCCCGCCCCAUUCUCCCUCUUUCCAUCACCUCGCCCUAUUCUCCCUCUUUCCAUCACCCCGCCCCAUUCUCCCGAUUUCAGUCACCCCGCCCCAUUCUCCCUCUUUCCAUCACCCCGCCCCAUUCUCCCGAUUUCCGUCACCCCGCCCCAUUCUCCCUCUUUCCAUCACCCCGCCCCAUUCUUCCUCUUUCCAUCUCCCCGCCCCAUUCUCCCUCUUUCCAUCUCCCCGCUCCAUUCUCCCGAUUUCAGUCACCCCGCCCCAUUCUCCCUCUUUCCAUCACCCCGCCCCAUUCUCCCGAUUUCCGUCACCCCGCCCCAUUCUCCCUCUUUCCAUCACCCCGCCCCAUUCUUCCUCUUUCCAUCACCCCGUCCCAUUCUCCCUCUUUCCAUCAUCCCGCCCCUAGGGAAAGGCGCCCCUAGAGAUAGGCGCCCAUAG